UCAUACUUGGACGGGCGGUCCGUGCAUGAUCGGCGCAACUACUGUCGCGGCAAAGUCGAGUCGUACUACUUGAGUCGCUAUAUCGGAGCACGGUUAGCACUCGGCCGUUUUAUCGCUACCGUUAUCACUUGAUUGUAUCGUCGGCGCAGUUAUCAUGCGAUGCUCGAAAUCGUAAGCACGCGUACAUACCUACCCUAGGAAGAAAUCAACCACGGCGCAUCCCUUCGGUUUCUCCCUCUACUACCGGUUCGCGAUCAAUACUCGGGCGUAGAGUAGCGUGCUACGUUGUUGUCUUGCGAGUAUUGUGUCAACUCUCGUGGCAUCCCGAUCUCUCGGACGUGCGCUCCGCCUGAUAUGUCGUAUAAACCCUCUGCAUGGACGUCCGUUUGUCCGGUGAGAGAUAAAUAUUCAUUCGCGCGUGCUCCCGUAUAAAUGUCGCCUGUGGCAGGGAACGUUGCCGUCAGGGGAAAUCUCGGGGAACUCGUCGAACGCGCGACCGUUGAAUUUUUUAUUCUAUAGCGCGCCGUACGUGCGCGUGGUAUUCUUUCGGAGAGGCAAAACGGCGAAGAUGAAGAGACAGAAUGUCAGGACACUGUCGUUGGUUGUGUGCACGUUUACGUAUCUCCUCGUUGGCGCCGCGGUAUUUGACGCCCUCGAAUCGGAUACUGAGAGGAAACGCUGGGAAUUUCUCUCGGAGAUAAAACGCAAUAUGAUGAGGAAAUACAACAUUACCCAAGAGGAUUACAAGAUGGUCGAGAUCGUGAUAAUAGAAAAUAAGCCGCACAAAGCUGGGCCGCAGUGGAAGUUCGCGGGUGCCUUCUAUUUUGCCACUUUAGUAUUAGCCAUGAUUGGUUACGGACAUUCCACUCCGGUGACUAAACCCGGAAAGGCAUUCUGUAUGGUAUACGCGAUGGUGGGAAUCCCGUUGGGACUGGUGAUGUUCCAGAGCAUCGGCGAGCGAUUGAAUAAGUUUGCGUCGGUUGUAAUCAGGCGGGCAAAGACGUAUCUUAGAUGCCAAAAGACCGAAGCGACGGAGAUGAAUCUCAUGCUGGCGACCGGCCUGCUUUCGAGUAUAAUUAUCACGACGGGUGCCGCGGUAUUUUCGCGAUACGAAGGUUGGAGUUACUUCGACAGUUUUUAUUACUGUUUCGUGACGUUGACUACCAUAGGUUUUGGCGACUACGUCGCUCUUCAGAACGAUCAAGCGCUUUCCAAUAAACCUGGAUACGUCAUCUUGAGUUUGGUCUUCAUUCUCUUUGGUCUGGCUGUAGUCGCCGCCAGCAUUAAUUUACUUGUAUUGCGCUUCAUGACUACGGAUAGUGGUGAAGCGCGUCGUGAUGAUAGCGAGCUGGUUUCCGCCUCGCAUCACGUUUUAACGUUAGACGGCGAGGUUGUGGCGGUAAACGGUAAGCUUCUGGCUAACCAGGUGCCGAUCGUGCACGACACGGAUGAUUGCGUGAGCGUGUGCUCCUGUACCUGCCUCGGUCCGGCGACCUCCGAGCUGUUGGAUCCUUCUGGCUAUCAGGGCUACCGACCGCCCCCGAUCUCUGCCAGUUUCCGGGUGAAACGCGCAUCUGUCUGAUGGAGGGAGUUCCGUCGUCGCAGUCUACGUCGUCGACUUUCGAGGGCCGACAGCCGGGAGCUGCUCGGUAUCGACGUGUAAGGGUCGAUUUUUAAUGCGAAACUUUCCGAGGAAGGAUCACUGCGCGCUGUGAUAUGUUCACGGGGAACGAUUCGUAAUUUUGGGUAAGAUUCUCACCUUCUGCGGAGAGUAAAAUUUAGAAAAGACAAAAAAAAACCCGACAACAUCUCUGUGAUGUGUUUGAUACAUGUGUAGUAAGGACACUGACUGUUAAUCGUUGUCUGACAUUGUCGGAGACCAGUGAGAGAUGCUUGGACAAUGUGUUCCUGCUACAUUUCUUCCCGAUGUUGUACCGAUAUAUUCCCGAAGUUGAUGCAUUUUGAUAAUUAAUGUUGAUCGACCGUAUCGAUUUCUGACACGUGUAUGUUGUAUGUGUAAUCCGAAAGUUAUAUACACUGAAUUUAUGUCAGUUAAAAAUGAUAAACGACAUUGUAUAAUUGUCGUUUUGAUUGAUAAAUCGAUACAGAACACUAAUUGUCUGGGUAUCCGAGCGAUGACCCUUGCAAUUUCGUAUCCUAGGAAAAAUGAAAUAUCCCAGUACCUCAAAAGUAACAUAUGCGAGCUCAGACGCGGAUUAUCGGAUAGAUGAUCGCGUAUUUAUAAAUUGUAGUAUCAUCAAUGUUGUAUUAAUAUGUAUGUGAAGUCGAAAUAUAGAUUGGCUUCUACAGCCUAGAGAUUUUCAAAUUUGAUAGAACCAACGUGAUAAUUGAAAAACUAUUGUCGUUUUCUCUAUAAAAA